CGUAUUUGACACUUUAAUAAUUCUUGGAGAUGAUGUUUGCACUGCACACCGUUAAAUUAGGACAUUGUACCAUUUACCAAAGAGGAAUUGAAGUUCAUUCAUUUUUGCUUAAAGCUUCCUCUUAAAAAGAAGAAAUGUAUACAUCGGCACAUCAAGACUACGGCAAAUUCACCGGCGAGGGAUAUCAUCCAGGCCCAAUGAAACAACCUUAUGCUCCUCCCUAUGCGUCUGCCGCCGGUAUGCCGGUACACCCUUCGGCCACCGCCACAGCGCCGUGGUCCACCGGUCUUUGCCACUGUUUUGAUGACCCUGCUAACUGUUUAGUUACUUGUGUUUGCCCUUGUAUCACCUUUGGACAGAUCUCUGAAAUAGUAAACAAAGGAACAACCUCAUGUGCGGCUAGUGGUGCAUUGUAUGGCGUAUUGCUGGGAUUGACAGGAUUGCCUAGCCUAUAUUCGUGUUUCUAUAGGUCAAGAAUGAGGGGACAAUAUGAUUUGGAGGAAGCACCUUGCGUUGAUUGUCUAGUUCAUGUCUUCUGUGAGCCUUGUGCUCUUUGCCAAGAAUACAGAGAGCUUAGGAACCGUGGCUUUGAUAUGGGAAUUGGCUGGCAAGCUAAUAUGGAAAGACAAAGCAGGGGAGUUACAAUGCCCCCUUUUCAUGCAGGAAUGACUCGGUGAUAUAUAUAUAUAUGUCCAAGUUUUUGCUCUUGAGGUUGUUAAUUGGUAUAUCCUGCAGCCAAAUUGUUACAUGGCGACUUAUUUAGCUUGUAAUAAGAUGAUUUGACUUCGACAAGCUUUAGAAUUUAAAUCCGAUAUGUUAUUUAGCUUUGCAAGAUUAAUGGUAACUAUAUUUAAUUA